GAACCAAAUCCUGUGUUGCAGGUUUUCUCUUGUUUGGGGUGAUGCUUUGCCAUAUCUCAAUAUAACGUUAUAAAGAGGGAGGGAAUGAGUUUAAUUCUGUGCUAUAAUAGUUUUAAGAGUUUUAUAUUAUCAACUUAUCAGAUUAUUGUGUGUUAGAUUUUUAAAUUAAUAAGUGGUUUUAUUUUUAUCAAAUACUUUGUUUGAUGUCUUAGGUGUAUAGAAAGCUUAUAAUUGAUGUUUGAGUUUGUAGUUCCUCUUAACACAUGCCUCCACAAUUACAGUCGUCUAAAUUAAUUAAAGUCACGCUACAUAAUUUAUGGGGCUAAAUUUAAUUAUCUACUAGUUACUAACUUGCAAGUUGCAUAUAUUUUUUUUUUAUUUGUUUGAUAAGGUGGAACACUUGUUUUGAAUUUUGUUGGAAAAUUGGUAAAGGAAUAAAAACAUGAAGAAGCUUAUGCCACAGAAUGAACAAGUAAAUUACAAAUCGGAGUGCACCAACAAUAGAUUUUUUUUUUAAUAAUGUUCCAACAAUAAUGAACUGUCAUUAGAGCCCCCAUUAAAGAAAACAAGAAAAGAAGUGAACAAAUUUUGGGUUGCAACUGUUAUUUAUGUGGCCAAACACAAGGGCAAGGUAUCUUGUGUAUGAAGUUAAUAAUCAUUUGGGCCAGCAUUGCCCUUCCAACUUUCAAGGUGUAAAAUCUUAAGUCCCUUGUGUUGGGACCAUAUAUAAUUUUAUUGUAUCUUUGAGUUAGUUUGAAUCCCACGCGUCUAUAUAAUAAUAAUAAUCUUAAACACUUGAUGAGGUCCAUGGUAUAAACUAAAAUGAUGAUGACAAGCUUCCAAUAAUGUUUAUAGAAUUUAUAACAUCAACUACACAUCAAUAACAAUUCCACAUUUUAAGCUUCUUGUUCAAUCACAAACAUGGGAGGCACAAAAUCUCUGAAUUGUACCUUGCUGCUUUCAAUUACUCUCACUUUGCUUUGUGGUUUUCUAUUGAGCUUUUCCAUGGCUACUGUUUAUUUUGUUGGUGACCAAGAUGAAUGGAAUAGCCAGACAGAUUAUGCUUCAUGGGCAGAGGGAAACAAUUUUACUCUUGGUGAUCUUCUAGUUUUCAAGUAUGUUAAAGGGCAACAUAAUGUGUAUGAAGUAAGUGAGGAGAGUUUCCGAUCAUGUGACACAAGCAAUGGAGUGUUGGCAAAAUAUGAGAGUGGAAAAGAUGAAGUUGAACUCAAGAAGGUGAAGAAAUAUUGGUUCAUUUGCAACAUUGCAGGGCACUGCCUUGGAGGCAUGAGAUUUGGAAUUGAUGUUAAACAAAGAACCAAUCUUACCUACCAUGCUUCAAAUUUCAGUGAUCAUGCAUUAACCCCACAUAACAAUAUUGAACCUACUCCCUCAUAUAAUAAUAAUAAUUCUUCUAUAAGUUUUGCCUCCGAAAGAUUAAGAGUUUGGAGCUUUGUUAUUCCUUUUGAAUUAUUAUUAUUAUUAUUAUUAUUAUUAAUUUAUUAGUGUUAUUGUUCAACGUUGAUUUUUAUUAAGAAUUUAAACCUAGGCACAUAUUGUAGGUUUGACUUUAUUUUUUGCACAUUAUUUUUUUUUUCUUUCUAGUUUUGAUCUACAUGUUUUUCUAUACUCUUUCUUCCUCAACAUUAUGAUUGUAUUUA